AGACUUUUUGUAAUUUUGAAAACAAAUUUUAUCCGGAUGAUGGCACCGAACCAUCAUUUCGCGAUUAACUCGCUUACAAUGGAACCAGUGUCGCGUACUUAUCAAUAUCGGAAAAUAAUGAAACCCAUGUUGGAGAGGAAGCGGCGAGCACGUAUCAACAAGUGUCUGGAAGAGUUGAAGGAUUUAAUGACAGGAACAUUACAAGCUGACGGUGAAAACAUAUCCAAACUAGAAAAAGCCGACAUCCUUGAACUAACAGUCCGUCAUCUACAUCGUCUGCGUGAAACAAAUACACUCUUCAUGCGACCCGAUCCAGUCAACGUGGAUAAAUUCUGGGCUGGUUUCCAUCACUGUGCCACCGAAGUCACACAAUUCCUAACCAAAUACGACCGCCCCAUCAGUGGCGAUCUUCUUAAACACAUUGCAACAUUUAUGCCAAAUAUAACAUCAGCAGCUCAAUACCAAAGAUAUCCGAUGCCGCAAGCCAAUGUCCUUUAUCCUAUUCAAUUAACUACUGCCAAACCACCUCCAUCCGCCUGUAAACCAUUUCCCAAGGAAGAAAUUCUAGAUUGCAACACAGACACUGGCAGUGUUAAUGGUGAAGGUGGUGUCUGGCGUCCGUGGUGAAAAUGUGUACCGCCCAAAAAAAAACACACACAAAUUGAUGGGUUACCUAAACUAGACACAUCAACAUGUAAAUACAAAAAUAUAUACAGGAAAGAAAUUCAGUAAUCUCUCUACAAAUUAUGCAUGGAAAAAGCUUUAAUUACAUACAACAACCACACAAAACUCAAGUGGACAUUAUAAAUGCACACACUCAUAUAAACAAAAUACACACACACACAUGAACAACACUGUUUUAUGAAUUUAAAAUUCAAAUUUAAUUCUAAAAGACACACAAAACAUGUAGAUUGUUUUUUUUUUUAUUUUAUUAUUUAUGUUGAGCUACCGUUACUGUGAUCGGAGACAAAUUGAAUAAUAAUUUUUAUUUAUUUAUUAUUCAAAAUUUAGAAUUAAGAAGUUUAAUGUUAAUUAU